AUGAUUCGAACGGGGUGGUCGCGGCUUACAACCGGAUGGGGCACCACUACCUCGGCAGAGAGCGCAGCAAUUGACCAGCUGUUGAAUACGCACCGGGCGCUGCUCCUAGAUGGAGGACGUGCCGAGGUGGGUAGUGAAGCUGGCUACAGUGCUUGCGCCAUCUUCCUGAGCUCCGUAGAGACCGCUGCGAAGACCUUUGGUCUUGAGGCGGCACCCCGUGGAUAUCGAAAGAAAUUCUCAGCAAAUUACCGUGCACUUUUCCCAGACGAUGCGCGGCACUAUCGGGUCGAUGUGCUUGAAGCAAGCGCCGAUCAGCACUCUGCAAUCUGGGUGAACGGUGACAAGUUUGAGCUCAGCCCAGAGGCCAUUUGCCAUGCUGAAGCUUUGCAAAAGGCUUGGAGCGAUCUCACUCAGCUUCUGGAUGCGUCGGCCGCAGCUCCUGAUGGAUGUCGACAUCCAGGCCGAUCGGAACUCUGUGCAGUGCUGGAUUCGCUGGAUGUAGCCUGGGCCGGCUUCGAGCAUAAGUACAUUGCCGAGCUGAUCGAGAUUGAGGAACAAGCAAGACGGUUGAUCAUCAAGGCAGUAGAACUUGAGGCGAAGCUCGCAACAGUGGAGGAUGCCCCUCAAAAGGGAAAAGAAACUGUCGAACUGCAGAGAGCGCUAGUGCAGGGCAUUGCCCAUCUCAACUCUGUGGCCAACUUCCGUCGUAAGGGACGUGACGACCUGGGCUUUGACAUAUUGGAGAGUGCGUCGGAGGUGCUGAGCAAGUUUGGCUUGAGCAGUAAAGACAUCGUAGCUGCCGGUGAGGGCAAGGGCUUCGCAGCGGCAGCUAUCCAAGAUGCUGUGUCCAGAAGUGCCGGAGUGUCCAUGGCAGUUGAUGUGGUUGGCUCUUUUGAAGCGAUGCGCCGGUACUUGCGUGAAGUCAAGAAGUGUUUGGAGCGCGUUGAUCCGCACCUGUGUAACAACGUUGGCCUUGUUGCCAGGCUCGUCGACUGGGAGGAGAGCUGGGAAAUUGGCGCUCGCUAUGUUCGGCAGAGAUCUCUCUUUGAAGCCAACAACGACAUCGUUGCUGAGUUCCGAAUUGCUCAAAACCUGGCGCCUGCGUUCACAACCAUGUGCACUGAUUGCGAUGUGGAGCUCUUCCUCGUCCUUCCGAGGAUGGUGAUUUUGUGUUGCUUGGAAAAGCCGCUGGAGCCACGGGCAGGACUCUUGAGGAGUCUGCUGCCACACCGCUUCCCAGAGAAUGCCAACAGUGGCCUGGAACAGGACCCCGAGAUGGCGGCUCUGCUCGCACAAUUCAAACAGGUCAUUCAGCUGUUGGUCAGCGAAGACCGUGACUCUGCGCCCCAUGCAACGCUCGUGCGUCGUGCAGUUGCGGGUACAGCUGACGAGGUACGGCACCUUCCUCGGCCAGUGCUGGAACGAGUGGAACAUCUCAUGCGUGAUGUAGAGAAGUGGUCCCUCGAGCUCCAGCGCAAAAAUGCGGAGGAUUGGAAUCAGUGCAGUUCUGUCCUGGUACAAUGUAUGAAUGGAAGCUCUCAGAAGCAGCAUCUGCUGCCCUCAGGCAAGUUUCAG